AAAUGCCUAUGCUGUCAGUACUGUCAAAGACUCAAAGAUUAAAAAGCUGAAUACUCUUUACUCUAUAGUUAAUGUAUUCGUCUGCAUUUUGAGCUAAUUUUUCUCUUGCAACCGGAAUGAAAACAAAAUUUUGCUAAUGAUCUAGUUUUUAAUAUUUACGAAAAAAAAUUGCAUCAUGGAUGACGAAGUUAUUCGUUUUGAAAUAACAGAUCACGAUUUGGAUAAUGAAUUCAAUACAAGAAGAGGUAAAGCACUAACGAAGGAGCAAAAAAUUUACGGCAUUUGGGCUGAAGAUGAGAGUGAUGAUGAGAGCCGAAGACCUACUUUCAAAAGCAACAAGGAAUCCAAAAAUUAUUCUGCUCCUAUUGAUUUUGUGGCUGGAGGAGUUCAUCAAGUCGGUAAAAAAAAAGAUGUCAAAAAGCAGGAGGAUGAAGAAACAAAAUUUAAUCCUGAAACUCUUAAAACGGAAAAGGAUUCAAGUGAUUCUGAAGGGGCAGAUGACUAUACUUUUUCUAGAGCAGGUUUAGGUACAUCUACUGAAACUAAGUCUUUUACAACAGAAAUUACAGGAGAUAUAGCAGGUUUGCGAGUUAAAAAGAAUCAUUCAAAUUUGAGCGAUAGAGGUGUUGGUAAUUGGGAAAAACACACAAAAGGAAUAGGAGCAAAGUUACUUCUUCAGAUGGGUUUUCAACCUGGCAAAGGACUGGGUAAAGAUCUUCAAGGAAUAUCAACUCCUGUAGAAGCACAUUUGAGGAAGGGACGAGGUGCUAUUGGUGCCUAUGGUCCAGAAAAGCUAGCUAAAGUGGCACAACUUACGGUUACAGACAAUAAAAGUAUUAAGCGAGAAAAUGAGGAGCCAAAUGGUGAAUCCAAAUGGAAAAAAGUUUCAGAGAAGAAGACAAGAUACUAUUAUCGAAGUGUUGAUGAUGUUAUAGAAAAAGGUAAACGUCCUGGAGCUUAUAGAAAUUCAGGAAUCGUAAGUGAUCUGUCCAAAGUUAAAGUUAUUGACAUGACUGGCCCUCAGCAGAGAGUACUUAGUGGAUAUCAUGCUCUAAGUGGUCUCAAAGCCCCACCUGGUGUUGAACACUUUGAAGACGUGAUUCAUAAAAAAUGCUCAAAUUUUGCUUUACCUGAAUUAACACAUAAUUUAGGUCUGUUAGUAGAUACGACUGAGCAGGAAAUCAUCAGCGAUGAUAGAAAAAAUAGAAUUAAUAGAGACAGAAUAACAGCCUUGACGCAGGAAGAAGAAUCUUUAGUAAUGAUACGAGAAAAGGAAGAAGCACUUGUGAAGAAUUUACACAAUGUAAUGAGUAUGGUUGGAAAAUUGGUUGAUCCUUCUCAAAGUUUUUCACUGGGACAAGUAUCUGAGAUGUUCCAGGAGCUGCAGGAUGGAUUUUUCGAAGAAUAUUGUAGAUACGAAUUAGCAGAAUUGGCUCCAGGAUUAGUUGGUCCACUCCUAACUUCAGCCAUGGCUAAAUGGUCACCAUUGAAUACUCCAAGAGAAUUCUUUUACGUUUUCAAACAGUGGAAAUGUAUUCUGGAGAGGCAUUUGAUGCAUCGUGGGAAACUAGAAGGUAAUAAAAUGGGAAUUCAGCCAUAUGAUUGUCUCAUUUGGCAUACUUGGAUGCCUGUGAUGAGAACUUGUGUUAGUACAUGGAGUCCUAGGGAAUGUGACAACUUGAUUAAUUUAUUAGAGCUGUGGAGUCCCAUUCUUCCGCAAUGGAUAGUGGAUAAUAUGUUUGACCAGUCAAUAGUGCCCCGAUUGAAAGAGGAAGUUGAGUCUUGGGAUCCAAUGACCGAUACUGUUCCUAUUCACACAUGGAUACAUCCAUGGAUACCACUCAUUGAUACCAGAUUGCAGGACACAAUUUAUCCAAUAAUUCAAGAUAAAUUGGGAGCAGCUCUUACGAAUUGGCAUCCAUCAGAUCGAUCAGCGAAAUUUAUGUUACAACCCUGGAAGCGUGUCCUACCUGAAGGAGCUUUCAUUGCAUUCCUGAUAAAGCAUAUUGUACCCAAAUUACAAAUGUGCAUGCAAUCACUUGUAAUAAGUCCACUUGAACAACAUCUAGAUAAUUGGCAUUGGGUUAUGGAUUGGAACGACAUGCUAUCUGUUGGUAAUAUGACUCUGAUUUUGGACAAGUUCUUUUUCCCUAGAUGGUUGCAAACCUUGGCCUUAUGGUUGAAUCAUGAUCCUAACUACACACAGGUCACAGAGUGGUAUUCUGGAUGGAAAAGAAUGCUUUCUGAUGAACUUCUAUCACAACCAACAAUUAAAGAAAACUUUCACAAAGCCUUAGAAAUGAUGAAUAGAGCUGUUAACCUGGACCAGCAACCAGGAGCUAAAGAAUCAAUUUCAUAUUUGACAACAAUAGAAACCAAUGUACCACCACCCCCACCUCCACCAAAAGUAGAUAACUUUGCUGAUGCCCUCAGGAUGACUUCGCAGAUACCACAAAAUUUCAAAGAUCUAGUUGCAAAGAGAUGUGAGGAAAAUGGCAUUCUGUUUGUACCAAUAACAAAUAAGUAUCGGGAAGCAAAACAAGUUUACAGAAUGGGCACAAAUGGUAUCCAGUGUUAUAUAGACAGAAAUGUUGUUUUCUAUUCAAACAAUAAUUCUACUUGGUUACCAGUUUCCUUGAAUAGAUUAUUAGAUAUGGCAUAAAUAGGUUAUGGAUGUUAUUGUAUAUUUAUUAAUUUCCAGUAUAAAACUUCAGAACAUAAAUUGUAAAUAUGUUUUCUAUAAUAAACAAUUUUGAUUAGACAA